AUGACAAAGAUAUGUUGUGUGGUUGUACUUUGUGCAUUCAUGGUGGUACUUAUAAGCCAAGUCCCCGUCAUGGAGGCAGCAAACUGCAACUACAUGGAGCUUGUGGUGUGUGCCGGAGCAAUCACAUCCCCUCAACCACCUUCCGGCGAUUGUUGCAAUAAGGUGAAGGAACAACAACCUUGCUUUUGUGGGUACCUGAGGAACCCCACACUUCGCCAGUAUGUUACUCCUGAGAAUGCUCGACGAGUUGCUAGAAAGUGUGGUGUUGCGAUCCCUAAUUGCUAG